UUAUAAUUAUGGCCUACGGAAAGUGAAGCGCUCUAGCGCUCGGCAUUCAAGAUAAGUACAUAUGUCUUUAAACGUCAAUGCAAAAUGACAACGUCUGCUCGUAGAUUCAUGUAUGAUUGUCCGACGAAAUGACAACUGAAUCUGGGAAACACACCCCGGGAUCUGACAAAAGUGCGGAAAACGACAACCUCGGCCAAGUAAAAGCCGGACACAUAAACAAUAAUAACCGGACGCAACAGUUGAAAGAUGACGUCUUCAACUUCAUUGAUGCCAACAUUCGAGGAAUAAGAUAUUCUAUAUAUGGAGUGGGUGUUGUCGGAGUCAUCCUCAUCGUCAGGUCGACCAGAGCUACCCAUGUAUUCUGUAACGUCUCCGACAUCCCCAGCAUCUACGUGUCCCGCAACAUCGUCCUGCAGGGCCGGGUCAACAACAUCGGGCCAGACUGUUGUCUCCACGUCACACACCAUCCAGUCAUUACUCUGCCGUCCUUCCUGAAGUCCCAUCUUGUCCAAGAGUCAAGUUUGCCAAUCUAUAUUGCUGGAAUCGAACCAAAUCCUGUUGGCCGAAAAUGGCUUAUUGACAAGGUUAAAGCUCAGCAUAUUUGGUUCAAACUGCUGGAGAGGUCACGUGAUCCCGAGAGACUGGAUUGUGUAGUCUCCAUUAGGAAGCGGUUCCUGUUCAAGGUCGUCAUUAAUGAAGAGCUGAUACGUCUCGGCCUGUGUCGCCUGCGUGAUUAUCCAACUCCCCCCGUUGCGCCAGUCUACAAUCACGUGAUCAACAAAUUGGUUGCCAUAGAAGCCAAGUUAGACCGGAAGCAGUCCCCCACCAGAGUCAGAAGUGCUGCACGGACAGUAAAGGAUGUUCUUGUGUACCUUGUGACGUUUCCGAAGACCUUGCUGACAUAUUUGUCAAAGUUUAGAAGAAAAUAAGAUCGUUUUUUCACAAAUAUUGGAUCACAGUUUUUGUAAACAAUUUCAGUGAUGUUACCUACUUUCUUCUGAGGAUAACUUUUGUUCUUGGUCAGUUUUUUGUUUUAUGUGUUCGGUGCUUUUGGUAACAUCACUGUGUACUUGUAUAUACAAUAGAACAGAGUGACGUUUUGUUGCUGUGAUCUGAAACUCGCUUGUGCUUUUCAUGAUUUGCUGUUUGCCAUGACUGUUAUGUUGUUAAGGUAUUCAGAGCACAAUUAAAUAAAAUGAAUAUUUAUACACGUA